AUGUGGUAUGGUUCAAGGGAGCUAUACCAAAGCAAGGAUUCACCAUGUGGGGUGGCGAAUUACGACAGGCUCCCAACAAGAGCUAGACUUGCAGGAUGGGGAAUGCUUAUUUCUCCGAAAUGUGGAUUCUGUUCAAGGUGUGAUGAAACCAGAGACCAUCUCAUGUUGGCAUGCGAGUACAGUCAUGAAGUCUGGAAGGAGGUGCUGCUAAGAUGCCAGUCGCCUGCAACACUGCUCACCAACUGGUCUGAGCUUCUGUCAUGGAUCCGAUCGUCGCCGUGCAAGAAGCUGACUCUCCUCCGGAAGCUGGCUUCACAGACCACAGUCUUCCAUCUUUGGAAACAAAGAAAUAACCUAAUGCAUAACCAGAUUGCGAUCUCUCCUGAAUCUGUCUUUUAUGCCAUUGACAAGGACUUGAGGAACAUUAUAUCAGCAAGAAGAAGAAGUAGUAAGCAUUUUCAUUCACUCAUGUUGAUGUGGCUGAGAUAA